GAUUAAGCUAAAUAAGAGGCUAUCUGUUCAAGACUUCCAAUCUGAGUACCUCAGAAUCAUGAAAUGUCAUUUUCCAAAAGAAAAUGAGGAGCAAAAGAAAGGGUGGUUGCGUCGAUAGGAUGCUAUAACUAAAAGAAGUAAGAACGCUGGAAACGAUGGCUCGAUUCUACCGGUAAUUUGAUUUCGCUGAUAAAUAUGAAUAAGAAAGCUUUGGCUAUUCUCAUGCGCGCCAGAAUGAGACCUAACAAUUCCAGCAACCCUUCUCUUUCUCCUCUCGCUAAAGAGAUGAACCAAGUGCAGCAGAAUUCCCUGGAAAACCAAUCCACUGGGCAUGCUAUUCAACGUGACUCAGAAGCAGGAAGUAAAAUGCGUAUUAAUGACGCUGGCAAUUGUGAGAGAGAAUUUGAACUUGUUCGUACGUCAAUGCAUUCUGCGAUUUCUAUGAGCAAAACAGAAGAUCUAGAUACUGCACUUGAUAAUUUCUCAGAGGGUUAUUCUAAGCUUUCCAUUGAAAACCGCCGGAAGUUGCUGCUUGUGCUUGGCCGAGAAUAUGAUCUGAACAGAGUACAUGUUCGUGAACUGAUAAAACAGUAUCUUGGGCUUCAACUUCCUUGUGUUGCAGUGGAUGAAGCUCAAGGGAACUGCUCUGAAGAGGGCUUGUUUUCUUCAUUCUAUCGCAUUGAGCGGAAUUUGAGACAUGCACUUAGGCCACUUUAUGAAGUUCUCUUUGACCGUCUCAACACUCACCCUGGAGGGUUGAGAUUUUUGUCCAUUCUUCGUGCUGAUAUCUUAUCCAUUCUCACAGAGGAAAAUAUUUCAUCUCUGAGGGCAUUGGAUUCUUAUUUAAAGGAAAAACUGAGUACGUGGCUUAGUCCUGCUACCUUAGAGCUUCAUCAAAUUACAUGGGAUGAUCCAGCUUCUCUGUUGGAGAAAAUUGUUGCUUAUGAGGCUGUGCACCCUAUUAGCAACCUUUUGGAUCUUAAGAGAAGGCUGGGAGUUGGCCGUCGUUGUUUUGGAUAUUUACAUCCAGCAAUUCCUGGUGAACCCUUAAUUUUCAUUGAAGUUGCGCUUCUUAAGAAUGUAGCUCAGACUAUACAGGAAGUUUUGUGGGAUAGUCCUCCUAUACCUGAAAAUGAGGCAACAUGUGCAUUAUUCUACUCCAUUUCAUCAACUCAGCCUGGCUUAUCAGGGAUCAACUUAGGAAAGUUUCUCAUCAAACGUGUUAUAACACUGGUGAAACGGGAAAUGCCACAUAUCUCUACAUUUGCAACUCUGAGUCCCAUCCCAGGAUUCAUGCAGUGGCUUCUAUCCAAGUUGGCAUCACAAUCAAUACUUGCUGAAUCAGACUCAUCACAAUCACUGGCUGAGGGAUCCAGUUCCACAUUCUGGGAGAAUAUACUUAAACCAGAAGAAGAAAGGGCACUUAUGAGUAUAUCAAAAGAUAUCGCCAAUGGAAAAAAUGGAAUGGAAGUGAUGUUCAACUUGCUGACUUCUACAGACCACAAGUGGACCAAAUCAACAGAAAUGCUGUCCGUAUUACAACCCCUUCUGAUGCGAUUAUGUGCCAGAUACCUUCUUCAAGAGAAGAAAAGAGGAAGAGCGUUAGAUUCAGUAGCAAAUUUUCACUUGCAAAAUGGAGCGAUGAUUGAGAGAAUAAACUGGAUGGCUGAUCGGUCAGAAAAAGGCCUAUCUCAAAGUGGAAGCAUCAUGGUGAACUAUGUCUAUAGGCUGGAGCAUAUUGAUGAAUUCGCACAUUCAUAUCUCAGCACUGGUGAUAUUCACGCUUCAAGUGAUCUCCGUUGUAUUGUCGAGCCAUGAAAAUCUUGGAGUGACAAGAAAUUUUGAUGUCUGCUUGAACAGAGUAUGACGGGGACGUUUUAUUUCAAGGAUGGUUUCAUUGCAUACAGGUCUAGAUUAUGAAGAAGCUUUUUUACUAGUAAAAUUUGGUCACAUCUGUGACCUGUCCAGAGAAUAAUUGCAGCUCAUUACCAUCCAAACCAAGAUUUUGGUAAUAUGAUGGAAAACUACAUACUGAUCCAUGGGUUUUUAUUCACAAUACUGAAGAACUACUCUUAUAAUGAAAGGCACGUGGGAGAAUUGGCCACGGCUCACAGUUCCUACCUGGUUGUGUCUGUCAAGGCUUUGUAUAGCAUAGCACCUCAAGUGUAAUAUUGGACUUGGAAUAAGAAGGUUGUCUAUCAAAUAAUGUUAACGUGACAUAUUCCCAUA